AUGGAUUCCCCACGUCGAAGUCGGAAUCGUGCGGCAUGCCGACGUUGCCAGAGACGAAAGAUUCGAUGUAACGGUGACCAGCCUCAGUGCUCGGCCUGCAAAAAGGCAAACGUUUCCUGUGUCAAUGAUGAAAAGCAACAAGUAAAUCGCACUUAUAUUGCAAAUCUGCAAAGACGAGUGGAAUGGCUUGAAUCAUUGGUCAAGGAGCAGACCAAUAUACGCCUAGAAGAUGGUCCUCCCCUAGUGCUGGAUGAAACUCACCAAACAUCACACUCUCGCGGAAAUCAAAUCAACCUAGCUUCCACUUCCCAACAAGUUCAAAGUGAGCACUCGGCAAGAGUUUUGCCCGUGGAUCCUCCCCCUGAGCAGUCAAGACAAGCGCAUGAAAUCGGCUUGGUAUCCCUCUCCGCCGGUUUCGAGCCACGAUACAUUGGUCCUUCUAGUGGGUAUUUCCUUGCAAACCUCGUUUUCUCCAGCGCUGGUCGGCGGAUUAAACCUUCCAAAAGCCAGAGUACCAGAAAUGAGCCCUUGUCACUGUCAAGUGACCUCUUUGACAGCCCUACACCACUACCGACUCGCAAAGAAGAUGCAAUCGAAUUGUCUACCAAGUACUUUUCACUAAUCCACGUCAUGUAUCCAUUCCUCUAUGAGCCCUCCCAUAUGCAACGAAUCGACAAGAUGUAUUCCAAUGGGAGCACCCCGGACCCGAUAGCCGCCUUUCACGUCAACAUGGUAUUGGCUAUCGCGGCCUCGGAUCUUUCCCGUCGUUUUCGAAUUCGACUUCCCGCCGAAGGAUACUACACUGCAGCUACACAAUUUUUCGAAGAAGCCUGUCCAGAAGGCUCGCUCGAUGGUCUUCAAAGUUUACUCCUCCUCAUGGUUUAUGCGCUGCACAAUCCCUCCUGUGGAGUAGAUAUAUGGAGCCUCAACUACCAAUGCUUAGGUAGGCUCAUUGACUUGGGUCUUCAGCGAGAUGUUCGUACGUCAUCAGCAUUUCCAAUUUCUUUCCUGCAGCAGGAAAUGAGAACUCGGAUUUUCUGGGUCGUCUACAACUUUGACCGCACCUUGGGUACCAUGAUGGGCCGACCAAUUGGAGUCCGCGAUGAAGCAUGCGAUCUGCGAUUCCCAUCAGAUGUUUCGGAUCAAGAUCUUGGCCAAACUGCGCCCGAGAACCCGAGAUCACCAUCACAUAUGACUUACUCUAUUCAUUUAUUUAAGUUGGCGCGAAUGAAUUCCGAGAUCAAAUACGUAAUGCACAGUAUUUGCAGAGAUGCUCCCCAUUACGCCUACCCUCCUGCCACCAACAUCCAUGAAUGGCAAAGACAAAUGAUCGAUCGGCUUCAGGACUGGCUAUCUGGAAUCCCUCAGGUUACUGGUAUGGAUUCAAUAGCGAAGAUAUGCGAAACAAAGUAUCACGAGAUGAUGAUACUUCUAUUACGCCCCAGCCCCGGCAUACCAGAACCCUCGGAGGAGCUUUUUUCGCGUUGCUUCCAACACGCCGUGGAUCUUCUCAGGGGAUUUGGUGAACUUUAUCGACAAGAAGUGCUUUUAUAUAGUCGACUGGUCGUCCACUCUAUCUUCUUAAGCACAAUGAUUAUGCUGCAUUGCCUAUGUAGGCUGCCGGCUAUUUCUUCGCAUGUACAGAUCGAUGAUGUGGUCGCAGAUACAUGCAUCGGCUUGAACAUCCUCAGCAGUAUCGGGGAAUACUGGACGGAAGCCAAGCGAGCAAGGGAUUGCAUUCAGGAAUUAUCGAACACCACAAUUCAACGCCUCAUCAGAAAUCGUGGGUUAGAGACAUCGCCGCACGCAAAGAAAACAGAAGCGGCUUCCGUUCCGACAAGUGGGGGAAAUUCUCGCAAUCAAAACGCAAACACCUGGGGGGAGAUGGCGGACCAAGUAGAUUCUGCUGUGGAUCUUGCUGCCGCUACAGAACCCCUCAAUGAUUACCAACUCGAUCUGGAUUCAACGAGUUGGUGGAAUGAGUCCACAUCUGGUGGGUUUAUGGAUUUUGCGGGUGUCCCUGAUUUCGAUAGCUUGAUGUGGGAGGUCUUCAACAACACAUAG